AUGCCUCAGGCAUCAGGCAGAGUGUACGCCAUGACUGGAGCGGAGGCAGCAGGCUCAUGUAAUCUCGUCAUGGGUCAUUGUGUGAUUGUUGGUAAAUCUACAUGUGUAUUGUAUGACUCUGGAGCGACACACUCUUUUUCGUUUGAAACUUGUGUGCAAAGGUUAGGUCUGCCAGUUUGUGAGCUACAAUGUGACCUUGUGGUGUCCACUUCGGCGUCCGGUUUGGUUAGGACGUCGUCCUUGUGCGUUAGGUGUCUCGUGGAGGUAGAAGGUCGUGUGUACAAGGUGAAUCUGAUAUGGCUACCUCUACAAGAGUUAGAGGUGAUCUUGGGAAUGGAUUGGCUCUCUGCCAAUCACAUUCUUAUAGAUUGCCGAAAGAAGAAGUUAUUGUUUCCCAACUCAAAGGAGCCUGAGUUGUUGUCAUCCCAAGGGGUUAUGAAGGAGAUCCAAGGGGGCGCUCAAUGCUACAUGAUUCUCACAAAUCUAGAGGUGGAGAAGGAAGAAAAGACAUAUGAUAUUCCGGUGGUGCUCGAGUUUGAGGAUGUGUUCCCAAGGGAGGUGCCAGGGUUGCCUCCCAAUAGAGAGGUGGAGUUCUCUAUCGAUCUGGUGCCAGGAACCGGUCCAGUAUCGAUGGCUCCGUAUCGUAUGGCUCCAGCAGAGUUGGUGGAACUCAAGAGUCAGAUUGAGGAAUUGUUGGGGAAACAGUUCAUACGACCUAGUACGUUACCAUGA